AACCAAAGAUCAAAAAAAAAAAAAACGCAGAAAAAAAAGAAAAAAGUACAAAUAGAUAGUGCAUCAAUAUCCUUAGGAUUUUCAGAUAAAAAAUCAGAAAUUAAUAUGACAAACUUUGCAAUAUGUAACGAGAAAAACAGUUCCAUAUGUGAAGUUAGAUUGGAAAAUGAAAUUAAUGUAAAUGAAAUAUGUGACAAAGAAAAAUACAAAGAAGAUGAAAAUAAAAAAAAAGGAGAAAGAAAAGAAAAAGAAGAACAUAAUAAAAGAAAUAUAGAAACAGAAAGCGAUAUUAUAACAACAACAAAAAAUUGGAAGUGGAAGAUUGUAAUUGAAGCAUAUAUGAUGGUGUUAGAGGAAUGCGAAAAAGAGGAAUGGGAAUUGAAUAGAAGAGAAUUUCUAAAAAUUUGUUUGGAAAAAUUUAAAGAAGAAGAUAUAUAUUCGGAUUUAAUUAAUAGAGACUUAAUAAUGAAAAAAAAUCAAGAAAAAAUUACUAGUAUUUUUUUAGAACAAAAGCCUUUAUGGAAAAUAUGGGUAGAAUGGAAUGAUAAGUUGAUAGAGAAAUGGAAAAAGGAACAAUGGUUUAAAAAAUUAAAGAGAGAAUGGAAAAAAGAAGUGAAUAAAUAUAUAGAAUUAAUAGAAAAAGAAGAGAUGAUAGAAGGCAAAGAAAAGGGGGUAAUUAACCCUAUGUUAGAGAGAUAAAAAAUAAUAUGGAAGGAGUGGAUAAAAAAGCAAAAUAAGCUGCAUACUUUUGAUAACGAAGAAUUGUUAAAAAAGUUGUUAGUAGAAUAUGCAAUAGAAAAAGAAGUAAAAAAAAAUAUGGAAACAAUAGAUAGAGAGAAAAUAAGAAUGAAGAUAGAGAAGAAGGAUAAAGCAUUUAAGGAUUUAAACAAAAAUAAAUUAAUAUCAAGAUUAAGAAUAGAGAUACAUAUGAUGGUAUUAGAUGAAUGCAAAAAAGAAGAGUGGAUAUUAAAAAAAAAAGAAUUUCUGAAAACAUGCAUAGAAGAGUUGAAAAUGCAGAAUAAUUCAGACGAAAUAAUAGAAAUUUUAGAGAUAGAAGAGGAAAUAAUAAGAGAUAUUACAUUAGAAAAAAAAAAUGAGCUAGAAAAAAUGAAGAAAGAAAAAUGUUUUAUUGAAUUAAAGCAAAAAUGGAAAAACAAAGGAAAGAAAUAUAUGGAAAAAUUGAAUAAAGAGAACUUAUCAGGAGAUAAUGAAGAGAAAAUUGAAAAUUAUAUGUUACAAAAGCAAAAAAUUAUAUGGAAGAACCACUGAGAAGAGAUAAGUAAAAAGUUAGAGAAUGAAAAUAAGAAAGAGUACUUUAUAAAAUUCAUGGACGAAUUAAAGAAAAAAGAACUCAAUAUAAAAGAAAUGGAAAAAAUUAAUGUAACAGAAAAAAAUAUAAAAGAAGAUGAAGUUGAAAAGAAAAAAAAAGAAGAAGAAUACAUACAAUUAAAGAAAAAAGAGGAAAUAAACAAGAAAGACGAAAAAGAAAGAAAAAAAAAGGAAAAAAAAAUAAAACAUGUGGAAGGGAAAGUGGAAGAAGUAAGAAAAAAGAAUAAUUGUACGACAUUGAGAAAGAAACCAAAGCGUAAAACUAUAAUAGAAAUACAUAUGAUGAUAAUGCAGGAUCGUAAAGAAGAGGAGUGGAAAUUAAGCAGAAUAGAAUUUUUAGAAAUUUGCUUGAAUGAAUUGUUAACAAAUGAGAGAUUCUUUGAAGAUGUAAUGGACAAAAAAGUCAUGUUAAAAGGAGAAAAAGAAAGCAGUAAUGUAGCAUUAGAAAAGUAGAAGAUGCUAUCAAAGAAAUGGAUAGAAAGGCAAAGAAGACUGUUGGAAAAAUGGGAAAAAGAAGAAUGGUUUAAAAAUUUGAAAGAAGAAUGGAAAAUGGAGGAAGAUAUUUAUGCAAAAACAAAAGAUAAAUUAGAUUUCAUCGAUCGAUAAGAUAAAAUAGAGAGUAAUCCUACAUUAGAGAGGAAAAAAGAAAUAUGGAAGCAAUGGAUACAGAGACAAAGGGAGGUAUUUAUGGAACAUUAUAAGGAGGGAUGGUUUAGAGAGUUAUUAGAAGAAUAUGAGAAAGAAGAAUGUGAAUUUAUAAAAGAAGAAAACGAGGAAAAUGUAGAAGAAAAAAAAAAUUACUUAGAAAAUGAGAGAAGAGAAGUAGCAAUAGUAGACAUAAAGAAAGAAGUAAAUAAUAAUAUAAAGAAGAAAAGGUUAAUAUCUAAUAUGUGCGUAGAGAUACAUAUGAUGGUAUUAGAUCAAUGUAAAAAAGAAGAGAUAGAGUCCAUGAGAAAUAAGUUUCUCAAAUCAUACAUAGAGCAAAAGAAAGAACAUAAAGGAUUGUGUGAACAAAAAAUGGGAAAUAAGAAAAUAAAGGAAAUAGAAAUGGAAAAAGAAGAAAAAAUGGAUAUUAUGAUAAAGAAGAAAGAAAAAUGGAAAUGUUGGAAAAAAGAAGAUUGGUUUCAGGAGAUGAAGUUGAACUGGAAAAAAGAAAUAAUACAUAUGAAAGAAAUAACGAAUAAUAUAAAAAAGGUAAUAAAUCCCAUGUUAGAAAAACAAAUAAUUGAAAAACAGUGGCAAGAGAGACAAAGGAAUAUUUUAAAGAAACGAAAUAAACAAAAUGCUCAUGAAAGGUCGAUAAAAAAGAACAGAGAUAAAAAAACAAUAGAAGAUGAAAAUGAUGAA